CUAGGGUUGGAUUUGCAAAUUGACACCUCCGGUUCUCCAAAGCACCUGGGCUCUUGCGGCGGCGAUGGCGGCGGCGGCGAGCACGUCCGGCGAGUGGCUGAAGGGUGCCCUGCAGGAUCUGCGGGAGCGGAUGGGUAGCGGGCUGGAGCUCGACGCCGACCUCAUCUCGGGCCUCGUCUCCUUCUGCGAGCUCGCGCCUCCGCCCGACGCCGCUGACUACCUCGCGAAUAUUAUUGGAGUAGAAGCUUCUCAGGACCUUAUUCAGGAGUACUUGCAGAGGAGGGGUUACAUUGAUCCAUCAAGGGGCACUGAAAACCUGCAGUCAUCUAAUCUUCAGCCUUAUGUGAAACCGUCUGCUGGUACAGGGGUUACCCAAACAAAGAAACAGACACGCACACAAAAAGAUGCAACAGCAUCUUCUUCUACUCAGAGUUCCAAGAGUCAACCAGAGAGUGCUGAUCCCCGAGUUGCCUCCAAGAAAAGUUCAAAAAAGAAAGGAGGAAAAGCCAUUUCCCUUGCUGAGGCAGCAAAGGGUUCUAUUGUCUUCAAGCAGGGAAAACCUUGUUCAUGCCAAGCACGCCAGCACAACCUUGUCAGCAACUGCUUAUCAUGUGGCAAAAUUGUGUGUGAACAAGAGGGCGAGGGACCCUGUAGUUUCUGUGGUGCACUUGUUUUAAUGGAAGGCAGCACAUAUGCUGGUUUAACUGAUGUUGGAAUCCCUCUUUCGGAAUCAGAAGCUGCAGCUGAAGCGUAUGCAAAGAGGCUUGUUGACUAUGAUAGAAACUCUGCAGCAAGGACAAAAGUUUAUGAUGAUCAAAGCGACUACUUUGAAAUGGAAGGAAAUAGUUGGCUUUCCUCAAAGGAAAAGUCUGACCUAAAGAAGCAACAGGAGGGAGCUCUGGAAGCAGCUGAAAAGGGCAAAGGCAAAGUGGUUGUGACAUUUGAUUUGGUGGGUCGAAAGGUAAUUUUGAACAAAGAUGAAGCCGCAGUGUUGGAAUCCGAGCACCGGAUCUUAAGGCCACCUGAAGAGAAGGAUCAGAGCCACCGCAUACAAGCCAACCCCACUAUCAGAGAGCAGCCUGUGUUCAUUGAAACAGGGCCGGUGAAGCCGAAAACCGACAGAGCAAGACAAAGCAAGAGGCUCGCCAAGAAUGGCCUGUGCCUGGAGGUAACUGGGAGGCUACAGCACGACGACAAGGACCCCCAGAGUUUCCUGGGUGGCAAGAUGAAGAAGGGUGAUCAUCUGGCCUACAGCUCCUUCGGCCAACCCCGCGAAGGGGACAACUUCGACUGCUCCCAAGAUUUUGAUUGACUUGUUGAGUUUUCAAGUUUUCACCCAGAGGAGGUAAAAUACAAACCAGGCUGUAAAAAGAUGCUAAGAUACACAUCCAUAUCCAACUUUUUUUGCAAGAAUACCUUGUGACCUAUAUUGAAAAGAUGAUAAUGAUGCAUUCGGUUCUUGUUGCC